AUGUCAGAUUUCCGUGUAUGGGCAAAGACGUCGCUUUCGCGGCUACUGCCGUUAGACGACGAUUCUCUUCAUCAAAUCUUGGAAUACUCAGAGUCGCUACCAUCGGAUCAAGCUGCCGAGCACCUCAAAAACCUGCUAGGCGACUCCCCACAAGCAUUCGAAUUCAUUUCGUCAUUCAACGUCCGGCGCCCGAAAGGAAAAUCGACACCGGGGUCUAGCAAGCCGAAUGCUACGGCGUCGUCGUCAGCUCUGGAAGCACCGCGAGGGAAACCGAGAAAGAAACGCGGAGGCGCGCAGUUCAAUAAGCUCCCGGCGGUCAGGCGCCUAGAAAAUCAUGGAAAUGUCACGGGCGGGUACGUCAAGAAGGGCGAAGGAGACUACAUGGCGUUCAAUCGAGCGCCCGGUGGGAACUCCGCCGGCUUGUCGGAUGCGCUUUCACUGAACGAAUCGCCCUCGGGACCAUCGACGAAGGCCUCAACGAGAGAGGCAUCUCCCGCAGCCCGCUCGAAUGUGGGAUCCCCAAGGCCAGGGAAACUGCCGCCGUCUGCAGCGGGGCCGCUGGUCUCCGACGCACUCUCUCGGACGUCAUCCCCAGGGCCAUCUUCUCGACCAAAAUCCCAUCCAAAACCCCCUGCGGCCCAGACUCUCCAUAUCACCGGCGGGACGCCGAUGCAAGGAGCCAGCACCCUGUUAUCAGACCUCGACUCCGCCAUCCGCUCCCUCGAGAACCAAACCAACCCCACCCUCUCAUCCGCCCCGGACGCCGCUCGAAAGUGCUCAUGCCAGGCCCGACGUCAUCCCCUCCUCGCCGCAGCGCCUAACUGCCUCGCGUGCGGCAAGAUCAUCUGCGCGAAAGAAGGGCUGGGACCCUGCACGUCUUGCGGCACGCCGCUGCUCGGCCCUGUGGACGUUCAGGAAAUGCUGAGGGCGCUGAAGGAGGAGCGCGGGAAGGCGCGGAUGGACGCGAACAACGCUGCUGCCCGCCACCGUCCGGCCUCAAGGACCGCCUCACCGUAUAGUUCCGACCGCGACACGCGGAGCGCCGAGGAACCCGAGAUGGACGCGGCGUUGGCGACCGCGACCAAGCAUCGCGAUAACCUCCUAAAGUUCCAGGCAGAGAACGCCCGCCGGACGCGCGUUCACGACGAGGCAGCGGACUUCGACAUGCCGGCGAUGACGCGCACGAACGUGUGGGCCAGUCCGGCGGAGCGCGCGAAGGAGCUGAGACGACAGCAGGGCGUGUUGCGGAAGAUGGAGGCGCGGGCACGGCCGGAGUAUGAGAGGAGGAGAGUGGUGGAGCUGGAUGUGGGGAAGGGUGGGAAGGUCAUUCGGAGGGUGCGGGUCUUGGAUGAACCGGUGGUCGCACCCGAGGAGAGUGAAGAGGAGGUGGAGGGGGAUAUUGAAGACAUCGCUGAGCAGGAGAAUCAAUCCCAUAUGCGUGGUGACAAUCCCCUGAGGGGGAAGUUGGUCAAACCGGUCGCGAAAGUUUCUGGAUCAGCGGCGAAAGGGAAGGCUCACGAGAAAGAAUCGAGCUGGAGGCGGGUGCAGGAUGAUUUUUUGGACGAGUCGGACUGA